AUGGAGGAAACAGUUAUCGUGACAUCGUACCCUAGUUACUCUGAUUGGCUCAUUAGCGAAUACAUCAUGAGAAAAAAUCAUGAUUAUUCCAUUGAGUCCCCAAUUUUUUCGUGCAAUAUGGACAAAAAGUGGUAUUUUAAGCUAGAUUUUAAUUAUCAUACAAAAUUAACUGCGAUAAGUUUAGUCGCUAUUGAUGAUUGGGAGAAAUUAGAUUUAAGUGGAAGUUUUAUGUGCAUUCUAAACUCUGCAGGUGAAGAAUGUUUGCGUAUUUCUGAUAUCAAAGUGAAUAAUAUAUAUUCACGUAAUAUUUAUAGUCAAUUACAAAACUACUUGACAAGAGGACAGUUAACAAUAAGAUUCUUAAUUAAUACUCAGCCACUUGAAAAAAUUUCAUCGUCAGCAACUUAUGAAUGUUUACCUAUAUCACUAACAAAAGUUUAUAAAAAUCCUGAUUUAUCUGACAUUCAACUGAUUGUUGAUAAAGAAACAUUUUAUGCCCAUAAAGUCAUAUUAGCUAAUCGUUCUCCAGUUUUCAGUGCUAUGUUUCAAAUUGAAAUGAAAGAAAAAAGAGGAAAUAUUGUUGAAAUUGAGGAUUUAAGUGCUGUUGCUGUGGAAGGAAUGCUGAGUUUUAUCUACACAAACAAAGUUUUCAUCGAUAUUGACACAGUAGCUGAUUUAUUGAAAGCCUCUGACAAAUAUGAAAUUACAGAUCUGAAAAACUUCUGUGGACAAUUUUUAGCUAGUAUAUUAGACGUACAAAAUUGUGUCAGAAUUAUCUCCAAUGCAGAACUAUUUAAUAUGCAGGAACUGAAAGUUUCUGCUAUCAAUUUUAUUGUCAGCAAAAAUGAAGAGAUUUAUCAAAUGGAAGAUAUUCAUGAAUUAGCAGAAUCACAAACUGAUUUAUAUAUGGAAAUCACCAAAUCCUGUUUCAAGUUUUUACAUAUGAUGAGAGAUUACAGUAGUCUUGGUUUAGUUAAUAUUAAAUAA